AAGUUUCUUAAGGAAGGCAAAGAAUUUGCAACAAUUGGAUAUUUCUAAGAAUAACAUUUCUGGUCAAAUUCACAAAUGUGAAAUAGAAGGGAUGUCAUUGCAUACCUUAAACCUUUCUUAUAACUUCUUGACUGGUAUAGAUUCAUUUGGUUUUGGAAAACUUGAAACUGUUGACCUCAGAUCCAACUUACUACAAGGAUCACUCCCCAUUCUAUCAACAACUUGGUAUUCUAUGCAACAACUCUUCAUUUCAGGGAAUGAUUUGAAUGGCGAAAUCCCCUCUUCUUAUUGCAAUAUGACUUCUCUUAGAGUUCUGGAUUUAGCUUAUACUAGUUUGGGAGGAAAAAUUCCAGAAUGUCUUGGAAACUUGAGAAAUCUCACCUUCUUGGAUCUGUGGAUGAAUAAGUUUCAUGGUAGAAUACCAAAUUCUUUUGUCGACAAGAGCGAACUGAGAACUCUUACCCUAAAUGGCAACCAAUUGGAAGCUGAUAAAUUGGAAUACAUUGGUGAGGAGCAUUACAUUGGUGACGAGCAAUACAUUGGUAACAAGUAUUACCCGCAAAGAUGUGCUCCACGUAGAUGCCCAAGUCGUCAUCCGUUUUAUUAUAAGGAUUCUGUGAAGGUAGUAAUGAAAGGCUCAGAGAGGGAGCUUGUAAGGAUCUUGAAAAUUUUCACAACUAUAGAUUUCUCGAGCAAUCAGUUUCAUGGAUUGAUUCCUGAAGAGUUAGGAGAACUCAAUUCACUUUUAUUGCUAAACUUAUCUCACAAUAGUCUCAAUGGUCAAAUCCCAUCAUCGUUGGGGAAAUUAGUAGAACUUGAGUCAUUAGAUCUCUCAUCAAACAAGCUUGAAGGCGGGAUUCCUGCGCAAUUGACAGAUCUGACAUUCCUAUCAGCUUUGAAUCUUUCACACAAUGAACUUGUGGGCCACAUACCUGAAGGGAGGCAAUUCAAUACUUUCUCAAAUGAUUCCUACAUUGGGAACUCUAGGUUGUGUGGAUUUCCAUUAACAAAGAAAUGCCACAACGAGAAAGAACCAGGAGCACCUCCAUCACAAUUUGAUGAAAAAGAUGACUCUACAGCACUCUUUGAGUGGAAGUUUGCAUUGGCAGGCUAUGGGUGUGGACUGGUGUUGGGACUUAGUUUGGGAUACAAUGCCUUCACUACAGGAAAUCCAUGGUGGGUGGUGAAGAAAGUGGAGAAAUACCAACAGAAAUUAAUUGAAAGGUGUAAGCAAAAGCAUGAGAAGAGAAAAACCCAAAAACCCAACCAACGCUUUUAGGUGAGUAAGUUUCUACAACUGUCUCUAUAAGAUUUGUGUUCUAUCUAAGUUCUAACCAUAAAAAUCAAGGUAUAUUAUACAAUAGUUAAACAUAAUUUUUCUACUUUUGCUUUAUUUUACAUGGGUGCAAGCAGGUGCAGUUGAUUUCUUACUGCGGGGAGAUCUGGCAAUAGUUGUUUCUUGUGUUUGUUUCCAUCUUUUUCAUGUUUAUUGUUAAUAUACAGUUGUGUUGACUUGUGUGGGAAUUAUGGUUAUGUAUGAAUUUGUGUUAAUUUCUUUUGGAUUUCAUCUAUGUACUUUGCACCUAGUUGCUCAUGUAUUUUUCUUAAUGUAGUUUGUUUCCUUUGAUGUUAUCUCUUCGUAUUUUCUUCUCUCUUCCUUUGUUUUGUUUGUCUUUGAACGGUGCAUUUUACUGAAGUAAAAUGUAAAAAUUCUU